GGGUUUGGGGUUGGUUAGGUUUGCUGCUGGAGGCUAACGCACUCUUGGAGGUAGUGACUGAGCAGUCGUCUCCCCCGAGCCCCUGAUGUCUCGUGUAUUGAUUUUUUCCCCUUUGGAGAGAUUUCCCCAGCUAUUGUCUUAGCCAAGGAGCUUCGUAUUUCGGUCUUGCUGUUAACGGUGUGUCGGGGAAGUUUGGUUUCACAAUGGAGUAUAAGGCCAUGUUAAGAAAACCAGAACUACUGGAUGGGUUAGGCGGUUUAUUGGAAGACCCAGAACCAACAGUAGUGAAGAGAAUCAUCCGUGUUUUUGCCAAUGUAUAUCGUCAUGCAGUCAGUUCUGUAGCAUCCGGGGAUCUGGAAAAGGCGACAUUCACAACAGCUUGGCCUGCCGUAAAGGGAGUAGCAGAGCAGAUUAUCAACAUGCUAGCAGGAGCUGAAAAUGAAGGAGUGAUUAUUCAUAUUGUAAGAUUUCUAGAAGCUGCGUUGGUAUCCCAUUUAGUAGCCGACCUUUCCAGUGUUCCUGAAAUUAUUUCAGAUGGAAUGUCUUUGGUUAACAAAGGCAUUGAUUGCUUGGUAAAGCUUCUCACUACGCCAUAUGUCGGAGGGUCUUCUUUCAUAGUAGCAACACGAGCAAUUAUUACAGUUGCAUGUUACAAGCCAGACAUCAGGGAAGAAGUUGUAGCACUUAUAGAGAAACAGAUAGGUUCACCACCCCCAACAUUAUUUGACCAUAAUGUGAGGUCACUGAACAAAAUACUACAGAGGAACUUGUUUCGUAUUUUAAGACGAACCAACUCUGUUCCAGUCAGAGGCCGUCUCAUCGAGAUGAUGGUCACUGUAGGUGUUCCUCGCAGAAUGCUUUCACAAUGGGCACCCCCUCAAGAAGGUCGUAAACGACCAGCACAGUUGCCCAAUAGUGAUGACAUCAUAUCUGGAAGAAAUUCUCCUCCCAACAAAAAACCAAGGCAUGAGAACAGUUCUGAUGAAGAAGGUGGAGUAACGCCACCAGUUGAUCCAAGAGAAUCAAAGGUUCCAAGAGACCCAAGAUUAUCGAAGGAGUUUGAAGACUUUGAAAGUAAUCAAACUCCAAAAGAUCCCCGAAUAGUUUUGCAAGCCAGAGACUCAUUAGAAGCAAGGAAUUCUAAAUCAGAGUCUCCGCCACCUGGGCACAGUCCACCUCCACAAUCCAGUUCCCUUGAACUAAGCCACCCAGAAUUACAUUCAUUGAGUAAAGAGAAACCUUCAAGCAAAGGAAGUUCGCCAUGUACAUCAGGGAGGUCAACUCCUGAAAGAAGCAGUGAGUUGAGCUAUAAGAGUACGAAGCCUACUGUAAACAGCAAUUUUGAAUUUUUGAAAAAUCUUAUCACAAGUACUAAAGCCUCUAAUGCAGCAAAGCCAUUUUUACAGAAAUGUUCAGAUAAAGAGAGGGCCCUCUAUGAACGCUUAGAUCAUCCACGUGUUGUGGAAGUGGUUUUAUAUUGCUUGGAGAGUGUCCCAGAAUCUCAUCCAGAUGAUUUGCUAUCCCAGCUUGGUUAUUCUGGAGGGGAUGUUAAUGGUAUUAGGGAACACUUGACUAGGACUUUGGCACCACAUGUCACAGAAGAGUUUAUCAAUAGUUUGACACCCCCUCAUGAAUCUAGCUCUUCACCAGUCACGAAUCCUGCAAAUUUGUCACGGCCCUCUUCGACAUCAUCUGCUUCGACUGCCUUCUCAUUUCGGUCUUCACCUCCCCCAUCUACACACCGAGAGUCUUCUCCCCCAUCUCCACCAUCAUCUAGUCGGUCUACACCUACAGACCCCAACCAGGUGUGUCUUUCUGAUACAGAUCUGCGGAAAUAUUUAGAUAAAGGCUUCAGUUCAGCUGGAGAUAUAGACAUGAGAACCUGCGAUCCCCGCAGACCUGUUCCCAGAGAUCCUAGAGCCUCCUUAGGUGAUUCUUCAAACUUGAGAAAUUCCCCUGAUCAUGUACUUAUGUCAUCUGAAUCCAAAAUUGGGAUGGAUCGUGAUGCCUUAGAAAGUCAUGGACGAACUUCUGAAACAGAGCAGAGGGUAUCAGUAGCACAGAAUGCAGUAAUGGAUCCUCGGAUGGCAGUUCCUGACCCUAGAAAACCCAUGGCUCCUGUCAGCGGAGUUGACCAUUCCAUGCCACAAUCUUUCUCAGACGCAAGAGAUCCAAGAGUAGGUAUGCCUCCAAACCAUAUGAAUGUAGAACACAACUUUAACAUGAGUUCCAGUUAUAGAAACAUGGGUAUUGGUCCAAGGAUGGGAAUGCCAAAUGGAUCGUUUGAUCCUAAUUAUCAUAAUAAAUUUGGAAUGCACUGCCAUAUGAACUACCAGGGCCCAAGGAUGGGCAAUGUGAUGCCAAAUAUGAAUUUUGGCAAGGGUCCCAUGGGUAAUAUGCCUGUGAACAUGAAUAACAGAAUGGGACCUAUGAACAACCAUGGGUUUGUUGGUCGACCUGGAAUUUUUGGUCCACCUCCACCGCCCAGGCCAAACCUUCCUAUGAAUAAUGGACCUUGGCAAAAUAUGCCUAUGCAUAAUAAUGGACAGAGGAUGUUUCCACAUGCGCCUCCAAUGCAUUUGUAACUUACAUCAGUUAUGGUAGGCUGUAAGUUUUUUGACGUAUCUGCAAAUUUCAGUUACCAAAGAUGAUUUCUCUAUAGCCAGGCAGAUUUACAUGCUCAAUCAAUUGUAUAUAUUGUAGUUGCAAUGGAAAUUAUAUAUUUAUUUUUUGUAUUUAAUUCUUAAGGGUGCCUACUUUAUUAAAAUGUGAUACUUAAAGUUUCUUGCAUUAUAAUGUGAUUGAUACACGUUUAUUUUAUGAGAAAUUUAGGAAACUGUCUUCCUACUUGAUGACUGUUAGAACUUCAUUAUCUAGUUUUCCUUACAUAAUAAAAGCUUGUCCUAUCAAACUGUAAAGUGUUUAGUUGUUAUAAGGAAGUCUUCCUCUUUUAUGUUUCAUAGUAAAAUUCAAGUAGUACUCCCAAUUGGGGGCGGUAUAACAGUAUUGUAUAUCUCAAAAAGGUAAAUGAUGAACAAAGGAUUGUUUUGAAUUUAAGAGUUGUAAAUAAACAGAAUGAUUGUAAAUACAAACUGAAAGCUGUGUAUUUAUGUAUGGAUGAUGUGUGUAAUGUACAGUUUUUUACAUUUUCUAAUAUAAAUUCAAAAUGUA